CGGCCUGGACCGUGCACUCCCACUCACUCCAAGUUUCAUGCGCCGGUGUGCAUGACUCUGUCAGGCCCGCGGCCCGUGCGCAAGACUUCAAGCGUUAUUCAAUCGAUUAUUUCUAUGAACCGUAGUAAGCAGGAAGACCCCAUCAUAUGCUCGGUGUGCGCGGUCCAUCGGUCUCAUCUCCCACCCGACAGUCAUCAGUGCUACUGCUUGAUGCCACCGCGAUGCAGCAGAAGAGGACCAGGCCUGACCUUCCGCUGGUUCUACCCUAGAGAAGCACACACGUCCCACGAUUGCACGGGAUGGGUAGUCCGAUGUCGUACCUCAGUGGUGGGAUUUGCAUUCAGACCCCUACUAGCUCAGGUUGGAGCGAGGCAAAGCAGAACAGCUCUCUUCAAUAUUGGUGCCCGCGAGCGUAUGGUAUCGUGCUUCCUAGAGUCCUACAUCAAACGAUCAUGAUACACUUGCGACAUUCUCCACCCACGGCUGUGGCCCAUCCACCGAAGUGUCGUAGGAGUUGAUGGCUGCAACCACCGUCGGCUACAGUGUCCACGGCGUGCCUGCCGAAUCCUUUUAUUCACCCUCAAUCCCUGCGACAGAGACUUUGUGAGCGUUCAUUCGUGAGGACUGGAAUCGCCAUAUCCUUCGGCAGCAAUGAAGGCGGGAAUUUCUUUUCAGCGCUGUAUGUGGACGUAGUUGUAACGGGUCGCGUGUGGCUUGCUGCGCUAGCUGCCAAUAUAUUCUGGGCCACCUUGGCCGUCUCCCCAG